AUGACAUCGCCAGAAGCGACCGAGGCAGAGCAAGAACUGUUCUUUGUCAGUCUCAACCAAGACAAACCGAUCACAGUAAUCCUUUUACAUGGUCUACUUAACUCACAUCUUGAAUGGUCCUACGUGAUUCCUUACCUAUCCGAUUAUCACAUCAUCGCCCCCGAUAUCAGUGGCCAUUCUCAAUCCCGCAAUAUUCUCCCUGCGAGAAUCUCCAGCUCCGCAGAGCGGGUGGCCCUGCUCAUUCGACGAUACGCACAUGACGGCCGGGCCCACGUUGUCGGUCUCUCAAUGGGUGCCUUCAUCACUCUCCGUAUCAGCCGGCAACAUCCGGAGCUGGUCCUCUCUGCCAUUGUCACCGCGGGGCACCCCAUGGAGGGCCACUGGGCAUGGGUUGUCCGCUAUCCGAGCAUCACCUACUACACUAUGUUAGUGCUUCUCGAACUGGUACCGACAUGGCUGUAUAUGCUCGUGGCUCUCAAAGGUCGCGGCAUGCGUCGCCAUGAAGAACUCCUAGAGGAGAUGCGGCAUAUAGGAGAUGGGAAGUGA